AUGGCUGACACCAACCCCGCCAACUUCGCCAACCGCCCUACUGAGGAGGUCCGCGAGAUCGCUUCCAAAGGCGGCCAUGCUUCUGCCCAGCACACCGGCUCUUCUGCCGAGCAGGAGCGUAAUUCCGAUGGCACCUUUGCAGGCAUCGCGCACGGCGAGAACCACCCGCCGGGCCGCAACGCGGACGGCACGUUCGUCAAGAACAGCGAGGCUGCCAAGGAAGCUGGCCACAAGGGCGGCGUCACCCACUGA